GUUAGUGAGAUGUAUUGUUAUAAGCGCUGUUUCUCCCUUGUGCUCUGGCUGUCAGCUUCCUUUCCUACCGACGAACGCAGGUGAGGGGACUGUUGGCGAGCUACGAGCAUAAUAUCUAUCCGCACCUGUCAGCUCAGCCUCACUUCCGGUACUUGAUCCUCGUUGAGGUUCUAUUGGCCACGGUUGUUGUAUAGCUGGUCGCACCUUGUCGUCUGAGGCUCCAGGAGGAUCCAACAUGCCAUUGAGCUUAUCAAAACUGAAGGGUAUGCUAUGCAUCCCUGAAAGCUCUGAAAGUAACUCAAAGGAUGUAGGGUCUAGAUCGGCCAGGGAGUCUCGGCCAGAUAAGACGCCAGUUGUCCAAGAGCGACCCCGUUCGAGCGACUCCAGCACCUCUGCAUCGACUAGUGAAACCAAGAGAUCAGAUCAGAUCUUGGACGUGCUCAAAACCUUCAACUUAAAGAAUCUCAGGACCGUCAAAGAUGUCGCCUUGCAGCAAAUUGACGGCGAGCCUAUCGACGACAAGACAUACCUUAUGGAACGAAUCGUCCAGCUGGUAGCGGACCUUCCCAUCUCCAGCAGAACGAGCGCUACUCUUACCAAUGCGUUCCUGAACCAGCUGUGGACAGACCUGAAGCACCCACCUCAAUCAUAUUUGGGAGCGGAUUACGUCUAUCGCAAGGCUGACGGAACCAACAACAAUAUUCUCUGGCCGCAUCUCGGGGCUGCAAAGCAGCCCUACGCUCGAACGGUGCGGCCCAGACUGAUGCAACCCGUUGCCAGGCCUGAUCCUGGAGUUAUCUUUGAGAGCCUUUUGGCUCGCAAGAAGUUCAGGCCACACCCCAACAAAAUAUCGAGCGUACUCUUCUAUGUGGCCUCGAUCAUCAUUCACGAUAUCUUCCACACUAACCACGAAGACUAUAGUAUCUCCGAUACUUCGUCCUAUCUGGACUUGGCUCCUCUUUACGGCAGUUCUGCGAAAGAACAGGAGGCUGUCCGGACCAUGCGUGAUGGGAAACUGAAGCCCGAUUGUUUCUCGGAUGUGCGAAUUCUCGGCUUUCCCCCUGGUGUUGGUGUUCUUCUCAUCAUGUUCAAUCGCUUCCACAAUCAUAUAGCAGAAAACCUUGCUCGCAUCGACGAAAGCGGCCGCUUCUCGAGGAUUCUCAAUCCACAAGGGAAGCCGAGGCCUCCCAACGCCGAAAAGCUCUAUGACGAAGCGUUAUUCCAGACGGCAAGGUUGAUCACUACCGGACUCUACGCCAACGUCAUCCUGAAGGACUACGUGAGAACGAUUUUGAAUUUGAACCGGGUGGACUCGUUAUGGAACCUCGACCCGAGAUCUGAAGAAGGCAAUGCCAUCUUUGGCCACAAGAUUCCAGAAGCUACUGGAAAUUCUGUUUCGGCGGAAUUCAACCUGGUCUACCGGUGGCAUUCCUGUGUCUCCGAACGAGACGAACAAUGGACAAAGGAGGCUUACACAAAACUCUUCGGGCACCAAACCUCGCUGUCCAUGGGUCAAUUCCUCGGUGCACUUAAUGAAUGGGCCAAGAAAUUGAGCCCGGAUCCGGUCAAGCGAGAAUUUGCUGGUCUUCAGCGCCAGCCUGAUAACAAGUAUCCCGACGAGGAACUGGCGGCCAUCUGGACUGCAUCUGUCUCGGACGUUGCGGGUAGCUAUGGAGCCGCCCACGUACCUGAGAUCCUCAAGAACGUGGAAGUGCUGGGAAUCAUCCAAAGUCGCUCUUGGAACCUGGCGAGCCUGAACGAGUUCCGAGAAUACUUCAAGCUCGAGCCACAUAAGACGUUCGAGGACAUCAAUCCCGACCCCCUCAUCGUCGAGCAGUUGCGACGUCUCUACGGGCAUCCAGAUAACGUGGAAAUAUACCCCGGCGUAGUCAUCGAGGCGGCCAAGGAGCCGAAACUCCCUGGCAGCGGAUUGUGCACGAACUUCACCACCUCGCGAGCGAUCCUCUCGGACGCAGUUGCGUUGGUUCGAGGUGACCGGUUUUACACCAUUGACUAUACGCCGGCGAACCUGACAAACUGGGGAUUCACACAGGCGGACUAUGACCUAGCCAUUAACAACGGCUGUGUAUUUUACAAGUUGGUGCUGACUGCGUUGCCGAACAGCUAUCGACAGAACUCUGUGUAUGCACACUACCCGCUAGUAAUUCCAGAGGAAAACAAGUCCAUCUUGACCAAGUUGAAAAAGGCUGAUCUGUACAAUUUCGACAAACCAACUAAUCUUCCUGCCACUCUGGCACUUGGCUCUUCCGAAGCCUGCAGGACCGUCAUGGGUGGUACGUCUGCUUUUCGUUCAUCUUGGGAUGCGCAGCUGUUCUCCGCCCAGGGGCUUCAGCAUAACGGGGAAAGGGCAUCAAUUGUCGCCCAUAAGCUGCUCCAAACUGAAGGACUGCAAGCUGCCGCAGAUGCCUUCUACAAGGACGCGAUCACGACUCUGCUCCGGAACAAUGCGUAUCAGCUUGCAGGCUAUCACCAGGUCGAUGUCGUUCGGGACGUCUUCAACAUUGCUCACGCGCAGUUCGCUGCGAAUCUUUUCCUUCUACCUCUGGGCAGUAAAAGCAAAUCGCACGCGAAAUACGCCGAACAAGACAUCGUUGCCCUUCUUUCCGCCAUAUAUAGCUGUGCCAACAUGGAGCAACCUGCGCGGCGGUUUGCUGUUGUCAAAAAGAAACAGAAGGCGAUCUUGCAGCUUGCAGCGCGCUUGCAAGAAGAAGUAAGCAACGGCAUCAAGGGCAAUUUCAGUCUACACUCGCACUCGCCCGUACAGCUUCGAAGCCUUGCGGCACAAGUGAUCCAAGAAGCCUCGAAGAGUGGACUAUCUCCUGCUGAUAUUGUGUGGUCUCAGCUUCUCCCGUUGGCAGCUUGGGUAUUUGUGAAUCAGUCGCGAGUCUUUGCUGAAGUUCUGGAUCACAUUCUUGGUGAAGGAGACAAGAAGACGGAUAUCGCAGAGCUGAAGCAGAUGUUGGACCAAGAGGGCUCAUCAUCGGCCAAAGCUCAGUCAUACUUUCGUGAAAUUUGCAGGUUAAGACCAUCGACGCCGAUCUUCAGAGAGGCGACGUCUUCGCAAACCGUGAUCGAUGGAAGAAACCAGAUCCAGGUAUCUGCGGGGCAGCGUAUUCUUUGUGACACAGAUCCGACUGCGGCGAACCGUGACAGCACUGGGCUAUCUGAUGCUGGCCAAGGCCAGCCCGAAGAUCCGCUCCUCCCAUUCGGCGGCGAAGUAGCCCUUGGGGCUCGACUGCGGCUUGCAACUUUAGGAUCUACCCUUUCUGUCCUCUGCGGUCUUGAAAAGUUGAGCAGAGCUGUCGGGCCGACGGGGCAGCUCAGGCGACUGAAGGAGGGCGACGUGGUGAACUAUUUGAACGUCGAAGAGAGCAUGGUACAAUCGUAUCCGGCGUCCUUGACAGUCAGAUGGGAAGCAUGAAGAGGGUAGUACUGUAGGUCGAGACAGUGGUUGGAGAUAUGGCAAUAAUGAGCACGGGCCGGAUGGUGUUCCUUUGGUCUUUGCAGCUUGUAGCUAAACUGGGCGCUCUCGGCGCCUAUUUAGCCCCCCUCGUUCCCCCGGAAGACCCAGCCUGGUAGCCUGGUGAGCCGUGGGCGGAUGCGGCUAGUACCUGAGGGGAAAAGGGCACGUCAUUUCCC